UGUGCAGCAGCUUGUUGUGCGCUCGUGCUAGCGCAUUGUUACGUCGGGGAAACGGAUUUUCUUGUAACUCAUAUAGAUUUUGAGCUCAGACUUAUGUUAAAAAGAUAAAUACUUUGUCGAUGUGCACAGCUUUUUAAUGAAAAAGACAGAGUGGAUUUGACUCUGUGAAUGUUUUAGACUCGACGGCCUGUUCACAUAGCGCAGUAAAACCUGUGAGAGAAGUCGCACCAUGGCGGAUGUUACUGCUCGUAGCUUGCAGUAUGAGUACAAAGCGAACUCAAACUUGGUGUUGCAAGCUGAUCGCUCUCUGAUCGACCGCACACGGAGAGAUGAACCCACUGGAGAGGUAUUGUCCCUGGUGGGGAAGCUGGAGGGGACGAAAAUGGGUGACAAAGCUCAGCGGACCAAACCACAGAAGCUGGAAGAAAGACGAGAGAAGAGACGAAAAAGAGACGAUGACAGACACGAUAUCAACAAAAUGAAAGGUUUUACCCUCCUCUCUGAAGGCAUUGAUGAAAUGGUAGGCAUUGUGUACAAGCCUAAAACCAAAGAAACCAGAGAGACCUACGAAGUGUUGCUGAGCUUCAUCCAUGCUGCUUUGGGUGAUCAGCCGCGUGACAUUCUGUGUGGAGCAGCUGAUGAAGUAUUAGCAGUGCUGAAGAACGACAAAAUGAGGGAUAAAGAGAGGCGCCGUGAAGUCGAGCAGCUUCUUGGACCCUCCGAUGACACACGUUAUCACGUGUUGGUCAAUUUGGGAAAGAAGAUCACAGAUUAUGGAGGAGACAAGGACUUGCAGAAUAUGGAUGACAACAUAGAUGAAACAUAUGGUGUAAACGUGCAAUUUGAAUCUGAUGAGGAGGUGGGGGAUGAGGACCAGUAUGGUGAAGUGAACGAAGACUCAGAAGAUGACAGUGAAGGCGAGGAGGCGGGUGUAACCACCACACUUUCUGCCAACCUUGGUGAAACAGGUGAUGUGAUGACAGUAAAGAAAAAAGAUUUACACCCUCGAGACAUUGAUGCUUUUUGGCUCCAGCGUCAGCUCAGCCGUUUCUAUGAUGAUGCCAUUGUCUCACAAAAAAAAGCUGACGAAGUCUUAGAAAUCCUCAAGACUGCCAGUGAUGACAGAGAAUGUGAGAAUCAGCUUGUGUUGCUGUUGGGCUUCAACACCUUCGAUUUCAUUAAAAUCCUCCGUCAGCACCGUCGCAUGAUUCAGUAUUGUACCAUGCUGGCCAGUGCUCAGAGUGAGGCAGAAAAGGAGCGGAUCAUGGGAAAGAUGGAGUCUGAUCAAGAACUGUCAAAAAUUCUCUACCAGCUACAAGAGACAGAGAAGGAGGACAUUAUCAGAGAGGAGCGAUCCCGCAGGGAGAGGGUGAGGAAGUCUCGUGUUGAUGACUUGGAAGCAAUGGACAUUGACCAUGGAGAGUCCGUGGUACCUCGACAGGUUCUUGAUCUUGAGGACCUGGCUUUCACUCAGGGCAGCCAUUUCAUGGCCAACAAACGUUGCCAGCUACCAGACGGCUCUUUUCGCAAACAGCGUAAAGGUUAUGAAGAAGUCCAUGUGCCUGCCCUGAAACCCAAACCCUUUUCUGACGAUGAGGUUCUUGUUUCCAUUGACAAGUUGCCCAAGUACGCCCAGGCUGGAUUUGAAGGGUUCAAAACUCUAAAUCGUAUUCAGAGCAAGCUGUUCAAGACAACCAUGGAGACCGAUGAAAACCUGCUUGUGUGUGCACCUACGGGAGCUGGUAAGACCAACGUUGCCCUGAUGGCGAUGCUGAGAGAAAUUGGGAAGCACAUAAACAUGGAUGGGACGAUAAAUGUGGAUGACUUCAAAAUUAUCUAUAUAGCACCCAUGCGCUCUCUUGUACAGGAGAUGGUGGGAAGUUUUAGUAAGAGAUUGGCAAGCUAUGGGAUCACGGUGUCCGAGCUGACAGGAGACCACCAGCUCUGCAAAGAGGAGAUCAAUGCCACUCAAAUCAUCGUCUGCACCCCUGAAAAAUGGGACAUCAUCACUCGUAAAGGCGGAGAGCGUACCUACACCCAACUAGUGCGCCUCAUUAUCAUUGAUGAAAUCCACCUGCUGCAUGAUGACCGUGGGCCUGUGCUGGAAUCUCUGGUGGCAAGAACCAUUCGUAAUGUGGAGCUGACGCAAGAAGACGUGCGUCUUCUGGGCCUCAGUGCUACACUGCCCAACUAUGAAGAUGUUGCUACCUGCCUGCGUGUUGAUCCUGCAAAGGGACUCUUCUAUUUUGACAACAGUUUCCGCCCUGUGCCCCUGGAACAGACUUAUGUUGGAAUCACAGAGAAAAAGGCCAUCAAGCGUUUUCAGAUCAUGAAUGAGAUUGUUUAUGAAAAGAUAAUGGAGCACGCUGGAAAAAACCAGGUGCUAGUAUUUGUCCAUUCCAGGAAGGAAACAGGAAAAACAGCCAGGGCCAUUAGGGACAUGUGUUUGGAGAAGGACACUCUGGGCCUUUUCCUCAGAGAAGGUUCUGCAUCCACUGAAGUGUUGAGAACUGAGGCAGAGCAGUGCAAGAACCUCGAGCUGAAGGAUUUGCUUCCUUAUGGCUUCGCCAUCCAUCAUGCUGGUAUGACCAGAGUCGACCGUACGCUGGUGGAGGAUUUGUUUGCUGAUCGACACAUCCAGGUUCUGGUGUCUACAGCUACUCUGGCUUGGGGUGUCAACUUGCCAGCACAUACUGUCAUCAUCAAAGGAACUCAAGUUUACAGUCCAGAGAAGGGCAGAUGGACCGAACUGGGGGCCUUGGACAUCUUACAGAUGCUCGGCCGAGCUGGUCGUCCUCAGUACGACACUAAAGGAGAGGGAAUCCUGAUUACGUCCCAUGGAGAGCUGCAGUAUUAUCUGUCCCUGCUCAACCAACAGCUGCCCAUAGAGAGUCAGAUGGUGGGCAAGCUACCAGACAUGCUCAAUGCAGAGAUAGUGCUGGGCAAUGUGCAGAACGUAAAGGAUGCUGUAAACUGGCUUGGCUAUACCUAUUUGUAUGUGCGCAUGCUCCGUAAUCCCACCCUUUAUGGUGUCUCUCAUGAUGAUCGGAGUUUAGACCCUCUGCUGGAGAGACGCAGGAUCGACCUGGUGCACACAGCAGCUUGCGUCCUUGACAAGAACAGCCUCAUCAAAUACGACAAGAGGACUGGCAGCUUCCAGGUUACAGACCUUGGACGCAUUGCCAGUCACUUCUACAUCACUCAUGACUCAAUUCAGACCUACAACCAGCUGUUGAAACCCACACUCAGUGAGAUUGAACUCUUCAGAGUCUUUUCACUUUCCUCUGAAUUCAGGAACAUCACUGUGAGAGAGGAGGAGAAACUGGAGCUUCAGAAGCUACUGGAAAGAGUCCCAAUUCCUGUCAAGGAGAGCAUUGAGGAGCCUAGUGCCAAGAUAAACGUGCUGCUCCAGGCAUACAUCUCUCAGCUCAAACUUGAAGGCUUUGCUCUCAUGGCAGACAUGGUGUACGUCACACAGAGUGCUGGACGUUUAAUGCGCGCCAUAUUUGAGAUUGUGUUAAACCGAGGCUGGGCUCAACUCACAGACAAGACCAUGAAUCUGUGCAAAAUGAUUGACAAGAGAAUGUGGCAGUCAAUGUCUCCGCUGCGGCAGUUCAAGAAGCUGCCAGAGGAAGUGAUCAAAAAGAUCGAGAAGAAAAACUUCCCUUUCGAGCGUCUUUAUGAUCUAAACCACAAUGAGAUCGGUGAGCUCAUCCGGAUGCCAAAGAUGGGGAAGACCAUUCACAAAUUUGUCCACCAGUUCCCAAGAUUGGACCUGGCUGUGCAUAUACAGCCCAUCACUCGCUCCACACUCAAAGUGGAACUCACCAUCACUCCUGAUUUCCAGUGGGAUGACAAGAUUCAUGGGUCUUCUGAAGCUUUCUGGAUUCUGGUUGAAGAUGUGGACAGUGAAGUCAUCCUCCACCACGAGUAUUUCCUCCUUAAAGCCAAGUAUGCUCAGGAUGAGCACCUUGUGACUUUCUUUGUCCCCGUGUUCGAGCCUCUGCCGCCGCAGUACUUCAUCCGUGUUGUCUCAGACCGAUGGCUCUCCUGUGAGACUCAGCUUCCAGUAUCCUUCCGUCACCUCAUCCUACCAGAGAAAUACCCCCCACCCACUGAGCUGCUGGACCUGCAGCCUCUCCCAGUCACUGCUCUCAGGAACUCUGCCUUUGAGGCACUUUACCAGAACAAGUUCUCCAUCUUCAACCCCAUUCAGACACAAGUAUUCAAUGCCAUCUACAACAGUGAUGAUAAUGUGUUUGUGGGCGCUCCCACCGGCAGUGGAAAGACCAUCUGUGCAGAGUUUGCAAUUCUGAGAAUGCUGCUGCACAACGCAGAAGGUCGCUGUGUCUACAUCACCCCGAUGGAAGCACUGGCUGAGCAGGUGUUUGUGGACUGGCACCAGAAGUUCCAGGAUGUCUUGAACAAGAAGGUGGUCCUGCUGACAGGAGAAACCAGCACAGAUCUGAAGCUAUUGGGAAAAGGUGACAUUAUUGUUAGUACCCCUGAUAAAUGGGACAUCCUGUCUCGUCGCUGGAAACAGAGGAAGAACGUCCAGAAUGUCAGCCUUUUCAUUGUGGAUGAGGCACAUCUUAUUGGAGGAGAAAAUGGACCUGUGUUGGAGGUCAUCUGCUCCAGGAUGAGAUACAUCUCCUCCCAGAUUGAGCGUCCCAUCCGCAUUGUGGCCCUCAGCUCAUCUUUGUCCAAUGCCAAAGAUGUGGCUCACUGGCUAGGCUGCAGUACCACAGCUACUUUCAACUUCCACCCCAAUGUCAGACCUGUACCUCUGGAGCUGCACAUCCAGGGUUUCAAUGUCAGUCACACUCAGACUCGCCUGCUGUCCAUGGCUAAGCCGGUAUAUCACGCCAUUAUGAAGCACUCUCCCUCCAAGCCUGCAGUGGUGUUCGUCCCAUCCCGCAGACAAACUCGCCUCACUGCCAUUGACAUCCUCACGUUCUGUGCUGCUGAUGUAGUUCCUCAGAGGUUCUUGCAUUGCACUGAGAAAGACUUGGCACCAUUCCUGGACAAGUUAAAUGAUCCAACUCUGAAAGAGACUCUUGCCAACGGUGUGGGAUACCUGCACGAAGGCCUAUCUGCAACUGAACGCAAAAUAGUGGAGCAGCUCUUCAACUCAGGUGCUGUUCAAGUGGUGGUGUCUUCCCGUUCCCUCUGCUGGGGCAUCAACAUCUCUGCACACCUUGUCAUUGUUAUGGACACCCAGUACUACAAUGGAAAAAUCCAUGCAUAUGUGGACUAUCCCAUAUAUGACGUCCUCCAGAUGGUGGGCAAGGCAAACAGACCCAUACUAGAUGAUGAGGGACGCUGUGUCAUUAUGUGUCAGGGCUCAAAGAAGGACUUCUUCAAGAAGUUCCUGUAUGAGCCGCUGCCAGUGGAGUCUCACUUGGAUCAUUGUCUCCACGACCACUUCAAUGCUGAGAUCGUCACCAAGACGGUGGAGAACAAGCAAGACGCUGUGGACUACCUGACAUGGACAUUCCUCUAUCGCCGUAUGACGCAAAACCCCAACUACUACAACCUUCAAGGCAUGUCCCAUCGUCACCUGUCUGAUCACCUUUCUGAGCUGGUGGAAAACACUUUACAUGACCUGGAGCAGUCCAAAUGCAUCAGCAUUGAGGAUGAAAUGGAUGUUGCACCGCUCAAUUUGGGCAUGAUCGCAGCCUAUUACUACAUCAACUACACCACCAUCGAGUUGUUCAGCAUGUCCCUGAAUGCCAAGACAAAGAUCCGUGGGUUAAUUGAGAUCAUCUCUAAUGCGGCUGAGUACAAGAACAUUCCCAUCAGGCACCAUGAGGAUGCACUUCUCCGACAGUUGGCACAGAAAGUGCCGCACAAACUGAACAACCCUAAAUUCAACGAUCCCCACGUGAAGACAAACCUGCUGCUGCAAGCUCAUCUAUCAAGGAUGCAACUGAGUGCUGAACUACAGUCAGACACUGAAGAGAUUCUGAGCAAGGCGAUCCGUCUGAUCCAAGCCUGCGUAGAUGUACUGUCCAGUAAUGGCUGGCUGAGUCCUGCACUGGCUGCUAUGGAGCUGGCCCAGAUGGUUACCCAGGCCAUGUGGUCCAAGGACUCCUACCUGAAACAGCUACCCUUCUUCACCUCAGAGCACAUCAAGCGAUGCACAGACAAGGGUGUGGAGAGCAUCUUUGACAUAAUGGAAAUGGAGGACGAAGACAGAACUGCUUUGCUGCAGCUCUCAGAUAUCCAAAUGGCAGAUGUGGCUCGCUUCUGUAAUCGCUACCCCAACAUUGAGCUAUCAUACGAAGUGGCAGAAAGAGACAACAUCAAAAGUGGCGGUCCAGUUCUGGUUCAGGUUCAGCUGGAGCGAGAGGAGGAAGUGACUGGUCCUGUCAUUGCACCCCUCUUCCCCCAGAAACGAGAGGAGGGCUGGUGGGUGGUGAUUGGAGAUCCCAAGUCUAACAGCCUCAUCUCUAUCAAGAGGCUGACUCUUCAGCAGAAAGCAAAGGUCAAGCUGGACUUUGUUGCACCAGCUAUGGGCAUUCACAACUACACCUUGUACUUCAUGAGUGACGCAUACAUGGGUUGUGACCAGGAGUACAAGUUCAGUGUGGAUGUAAAGGAGGCUGACAGUGAAGGAGAAAGUGACUCAGACUAAGCAAGAGCUUCAUUACGGCAUUCUCCAGUCUUUUUGUUUAAUAAAAGUAGGAUCAUAGGGUUUUUUUUCCUUGUAGAUAUUUAACCUGAUUUCUUGACUUUGACUGUAAGCACGUCACAAUCAUCUCCGAUCCUGCAAAAGUACCAAUGUCAUUUUAUUUGGUAAUUCUUUUAGUUUAAUAAAUCAGUCCAUAAUUAUAGUUAAGAUGUUUACCAUUAAAAUUAAGAUACAGUCUGCUUCUAAAGUGUAACACUCUGUACUUGGUCUGAUAGAAAUUUCAUAUAUUGUGGAUUAAAACCACUUCUGAAGCUCACCCACUGUUUAAAGUAAGGAAUGGUACAGUUUUAAUCCAGGUCACAUGUUUGAAUACAACAAACAUUAUCCAUGUAUGUUUUGGGUUUAUAAAAUGGGAUUUCUGGAUUGGUCUCAAUGUUUUUAGUAUGAUGUGCUGUCUGAUAUUUUGCCUUUUUUUUUUCAAUUAAAAAAGAAACCAGA